AUGGCAGGACGGCCGGAUUCACUAGAUCAUAAUGUCUAUUGCAUCGCAGAUCUCAUUGAGUUCUGCAACAAACGGACGUCCAAGACCACCAGUGAGUAUAUUGCAGGCGGGGCUAUGGAUAUGAUUACGACAAAGGAUAAUUGUGCUGCCUUUGACCGAUAUCGCCUUCUGCCCCGGGUUAUGAAGGAUGUUCGGCGUGUUGACCCAUCGUCGGAGUGCUGGGGCGUCAAGACUUCCAUGCCGCUGGGAUUUUCUCCUACCGGCCUUCACGGGGUUGCGCAUCCCCAUAGAGAACUGGGUGUUUCUAGAGCCGCUGCCAAAAGAGGAGUUCCCAUGUGUUUGUCCAGCUGGGCAAAUUCUUCAAUCGAAGAUGUGAUCCAGCAGGGCAAGCACUCUGGUAUUCCCUAUGCCAUGCAGCUGAGUGUCGUGGAGGAUGCCGGAGCAAACCUGUACACGAUUCAGAAAGCAGAAGCGGCCGGAGCAAAGGCACUCUGGGUCACUUGCGACCUGCCUAUUCUUGGACGCCGCUUGAAUGAGUACAAGAACAACUUUUCAAUCCCGGAAGGGAUGACUGUUCCCAAUAUCCCCCCCGAGGUCGACUUCCGCGCUGCGGGCAAAAAUCCCCGGAUGGCCUAUGACCGUGGAUUGACUUGGGAGAAGGUUCGAUGGUUCAAACAACAUACCAAAAUGGAGGUGUGGUUGAAAGGCAUCAUGGACCCAGAGGACGCAGACCUCGCAGUUAAAGCAGGAGCGGACGGCAUCAUCGUCUCGAACCACGGCGGUCGCCAAUUGGAUGGCAUAUCAUCCACCCUCGACGCACUUCCGGGGGUGGUCGCCGCCGUGGCGGGACGGAUUCCUGUCCAUUUUGAUGGUGGCAUUCGACGCGGUACGGAUAUCUUCAAAGCACUCGCUCUCGGGGCCGACUUCUGCUUUGUCGGCCGUAUCGCCCUCUGGGGCUUAGGGUAUAACGGCGACGAGGGCGUCUCGCUGGCGCUGAAACUCCUUUACGAUGAGUUCUUCGACACCAUGACGAUGGUGGGCGUAAAUUCUGUCAAAGAGAUCGGGCUUCAACAUGUGGCGAGGCUUACUGCGGAUGGCUCACUUGCCCGCUUCAACACCGGAAAGAAGCUUAAUCCACGGCUGUAG